GCGCCUCCGGUGGAUCUGCCCUUGCGGCCAGCAGCGGCCUCAGCCCGACGAUGAACGUCUCGGAGGCAGCGCUUCAAGAAGCCCUCAGACGGGUCGAGCACAUACUGCGAGACCUCGUCCGCCAGGAGGCGUCGGCCUCCACGCACACUCCGCGCGUCACCUUUUGUCUCGGUGAUGACGGUGAGCAUCUCGUAGAUGGCGAGGAGUGUGGACAGGACUCCAAGGGCGUCGCGCCGUGGGGUGAGACGGUGACAUCAAGCAUUUUCAAUUCCUCCAAAGAUAGCAUCGCUCAGCCUCCCCGAAGCCAAAGUCAGAUUCCUCUUCCUGGUUCCAUGCCACAGGCAUUAAGCGGACCACAGGGGAAGUUGUCGGUGGACGGCAGACUAGGCAGGCAGUCAUCGGUGGACAGCAAGCUAGGCAGGCAGACAUCGGUGGACAGCAGGGUGUUGAAUGGCUUUUCAUCAUCCGGGCAGCAGCGGCAGGCAUCGGUGGACAGCACGGCGUCUCAACAGGCCAAUGCUAAGUGGGUGAGACAAGUCUCAUGGAUGGCUGAAAGGUCCAGGAAUAUUACGCAAGCCAUGAGCUUGGAUGACGCCGAUGCCGACAUCCCAAAGUUCCAGGCACAUGACCUUUGGCAGGAGAAAGAUGACGUCAUUUCCUACCGCAGUUCGCGCAGACCAAGUGUGUGCACAACAAACCUUCUUCUCCUUUCUAGGCACAAGACUUCCUUCAGCCCGCUCGUGCUGGAAGGUUGGUCGGCCAUAGCCAUGUCGAUGAUCUUCAUGGAAGGAUUCAGGAUUCCUUUGCUUGCCUUUCCCGGGGACACUCUCGCAGUGAUGGAUUUGCUGGUGCUCAUCUUCUGGCUCAGCAGCGUUCUGGGCGCAUGUCUGAUGAGACGGGGAGAGCCACGAAGCAUUCGGUGGCUAGCAUGGCUUUCACUGGAGACCCUCUUUGCUGCUGCAACUGCAUACAUGCUGCUUGCAAGCACGGUGCCCUUUGCAGUGCUGCUGAGAGGUCUGCCACUGCUUCGCAUUCUCUACAUCCACGUGUUGUGGGACUGCUUGUCUGCUCGGCAUCUUCGACCCUGGAUCCAGAGACGAAGCCUCGAAGCGCGCUUCUUUGGGAAUUUACUUCUUGCGGUGCUCACUGGUGCAUUGCUACUCCACAUUGUGACGUGCACGUGGUAUGCAGUGGGAGAUCGUCCUAGUGGGUGGGUACGAGAUCAGGGCUUCGAGAGUGUUCCACAAUCAGUCCAAUAUCGCAUUGCUGCAGAGUGGGCGCUUUCUCGACUUCCACCUUCGCGAAUCCCUGACAAUAUGCUCUUGAAUACCCUGGAGGAACGAGGAGUGGCUGUGCUGGUAACAACCCUGGCUAUGGUCUUUGCUUCCAUUUUCACCUCCAUCGUCACGAAUGACAUGUCAGACAUUCGCCGUGCCCGCGCAGCGCAAAGGAAGUCGCAUGAUCAGCUUUCCAAAUACCUCGCAACGUAUCCGGUACCCUGGGACUUGGAGAAGGAGCUGCAGGCAUACCUUCACCGAAACCAGUCCCUGGCUCAGCCGCCGCAAAAGCGAGAGAUGGCAUCCUUGCUUCCGGCUUUUCUAUACCGCGAGCUGUGCAGAGAAGCGCUUUCGCCGGUCAUAGCGAAACACGAUUUCUUCUCUGACCUCAAGUUCCGCUACCCUUCCUUCCACAUGGACCUUUGUGUGGAAUGCCUCAGCGAAUGGCACUUGGCGUCGGAAGAGAUCUUGUUUUCCAACGGUCCACUUUGUCACAACAUGAUGUUUGUUGCCAGUGGCGAGGUGGCCUACCGCAAGCUCUCGUCGGAGUUUGCGACUUCACCCCUGAGUGCUCGGAAUGAGUUGCUGCAGCAAGUCAAAGGAAUGAGUGUUGUACCCACAGCAGCAUCUGCGACGAUCGUCGAGGAGAAGCUCGGCUUUGGCGACUGGAUUUGUGAGCAGUGUCUUUGGACUGAAUGGCAUUUUCUUGGCACGGCCGUGUCGACACAGGGAGCCACAGUUCUAUGUCUUGCUGACGAGACACUGAUGAGGUAUGCAGGUCUGCACAAAGAGGUGAUGGCCGAACUUGUUAUCUAUUGCAGGAUUUUCGUCGAAGUCUUGAACGGCGUGGCCGAUGACGACUUGACGGAUCUCCACAUUUCCAUGGAGGAUGCUCGGGCGGCGGCAGGAGGGCCAUUCCGGGCGGAGGUAGCGCAUACUUUCCUCUGGGUGAGCGACCCGUUCUCCCCAGAGCUCCUUGUGCGGUCCUCGGUGCAGCUUUGGGCGGGAGUUGAGCAAUGCAAGGUUGCGCUUGCGAGAUGUUGCCACGGCCACCUGCUUGGUGUGGACUACUUCAACCCGACCUUUGUAGCACCUCAGCUGACGCCGAAACAGUUCCUCAUCAUCUCGAGCCCGGUGGAGCAGAAGAUAGUUUACACCGAGCUGAAGAACUUCAAGAGCACCACCGGCCGAACCUUUGCCUUGGUCGACUCGGGGCUCAGCUCGCCUCGCGACCUGGCCUUCGACGGCGAGCGAGGGGCGCUGUACGUCGCAGACAGCGGCGCGAAGAAAAUCUACAGAUACCAUGUGUAUGUGAAAGACAACGGCGCAUCGCUGGGCCUGAUCACCGACGGCGUGCAGCUGUGCAUUAUGCAGAACGCCGACGUUUCCUGGGUCAACGUGGACCUCAACGGCGACGUUUUCUAUUCGGAUGCGACCGCCAAAACCAUCAACAGGAUACCGGUGGACGUCAUCGACAUGCUGAGCAAAGGGCAGUAUUCCUCCAGUGAUCUUGUCUUGCUCUCGGAGAAGUCCCUCGAGUCAGGUGGCGGAGCUGCUCCCGAAUCGGGGUCCCACUUCGUCUACUCCGUCUACCAAGGCAGUGUGAACCCUCAUGUGUCUACACCGGGCGGGCUCGUGUCAGAUGGUGCCAGGAUCUACUGGACCAACCAGGCGGAGGGUAAGACCGCCGGCAGCAUCGUCGAGGGAGAGGUGGCGCCAAAGCUGCCGAAGGCGAAGGCAGGCGAGCCGGCGGCGACGGCCUUCCCCUCCCGGGUCCUCACGAACGAGACAGAUGCCGGCUAUGGUGUGACCAA